GUGCGGGGCGGAGGGAUGCUGGCGCUGGCGGUGCUGCUGCUGGCGGCGGCCGCGGGCCCCGGGCGGGCGGCGGCGGGCCCCGGGCGGGCCGCGCUGCGGGAGGAGCUGCUGCUGAGCCCGCUGCCCGCCGGAGACGUGGCCGCCACCUUCCAGUUCCGCACGCGGUGGGACGCCGACCUGCCGCGGGGCGCGGUCUCUCACUACAGGCUCUUCCCGAAGGCGCUGGGGCAGCUGGUGGCGGCGCUGGGCGUGCGGGAGCUCCACCUCGCCCUCACCCAGGGCUUCUGGCGCACCCAGGCCUGGGGGCAGCCGCCCCUCCAGGCACCCGCCGGUGCCGAGCUCUGGGUCUGGUUCCAGCCCACCGUCACUGAUGUUGACAAAGCCUGGAAAGAGCUAAGUAACAUCCUCUCAGGAAUAUUCUGUGCUUCUCUCAACUUCAUUGAUGCAACCAACACAGUCACUCCAACAGCAUCCUUCAAACCUCUGGGCUUAGCCAAUGGGACAGAUCACGAUCUCCUGCGAUACGCUGUCCUGCCCCGGGAGGUCGUCUGCACUGAGAACCUCACGCCUUGGAAGAAGCUGCUCCCGUGCGGCUCAAAGGCUGGGCUUGCUGUGCUGCUGAAGGCAGAGCGCUUGUUCCACAGCAGCUACCACUCGCAGGCAGUGCACAUCCGCCCCAUCUGCAGGGAUGCCUCCUGCUUGGCUGUGUCCUGGGAGCUCAGGCAGACCCUCACUGUGGUUUUUGACACCUUUUCUAGUGGCCAAGGAAAGAAAGACUGGUCCCUCUUCAAGAUGUUCUCCCGCACACUUACUGAUGCAUGUCCUCUGGCAUCGCAGAGCAAAGUCUACGUUGACAUCUCCCCGAAGAACAAGGAAAAGGAGUUACUGGAAGUAACCCCUGCUCCAACAUCUGUAUAUGAAGCUACUGUCCAGGGAGACAAGAAGACCUAUGCCGUCUAUGACCUACUGAGCCCCUCACUCUUUAAUACCUCUCACAGCCUCAAUGUGCAGUUCAAAUGGAAGCGUCCUGAAGACAGCUCGGAAAUGCCGAUACCCGUACUCCAUGCUCAGCGCUACGUGAGCGGGUACGGGCUGCAGACCGGAGAGAUCAGCACCCUCAUCUAUAACACCCACCCGUACCGGGCCUUCCCCGUAAUCCUGCUGGAGACUGUGCCCUGGUAUCUGCGACUCUAUGUGCACACUCUGACCAUCAUCACAAAGGGGAAGGAAAACAAGCCAAGUUACAUCCACUACCAGCCAGCUCAGGACCGUCAACGGCCUCACCUUUUGGAAAUGCUGAUCCAGCUGCCAGCCAACUCCGUUACCAAGAUCUCAAUCCAGUUUGAGAGAGCCUUACUGAAGUGGACAGAGUACCCGCCAGAUCCCAAUCACGGCUUUUACGUCAGUUCAUCUGUCCUUAGUGCCCUAGUGCCCAGCAUCAUUGCUAUGAAGGACAUGGAUGUGGAGGAGAGCCCACUCUUCACCUCACUGUUUCCUUCCUCUGAUGGGUCCAGCUAUUUUGUGCGCCUGUACACAGAGCCACUGCUGGUGAACUUGCCAACGCCAGACUUCAGCAUGCCCUAUAAUGUCAUUUGCCUGACCUGCACCGUGGUGGCAGUGUGCUACGGCUCCUUCUACAACCUGCUGACCAGAACAUUUCAUGUGGAAGAGCCGAGCCGGGGCGGGCUGGCCAAGCGGCUGGCCAACGUCAUCCGCAAGUUUAGGGGGGUGCCCCCUCUCUGAGAGAAACCACAGCAGCUCCAUGGAGAGGUCCAAGGAGCAGAGCACUGUUGGCCCCUUG